AUGUCUGAAGCCACGUGUGUUACUCGGAGACGGUAUUUUUCCAUGCCCUGGACUUCUAUUCCGGAUUUGUCACCCAUGGGAAUCCAAACUACCUCCCAGUUUGUCGAAAAGUACCACCAUAUUAUUGCUUCCUCAAAGGAGCGUCGAAAAAGAACCGGAAAGCCAAUAAAAGAGCGAUGGCUACUAACCCGGAAGACUUGGCGUUACAUGGCGGACGCAGGUCGCCGUUUGAUCCCCGACGGAGCGCACAAUCGGCCGGAGGACAUCCCAAAGAUCGAGCAGUACUUCCAGGAAGUCUGCCAAAAGGAGCCAAAGUUCCUCCUCUGGAGAAAGUCGUCCUACCCCGGAACACUGGGGUUUCGAACCCACCGAAAUCGGCGUCUAGUAAAAGGCGGGAGUUGCCGAACAAAGGCGAGUUCCGCUGACGAGGCCGACGACUCCCAAAGGUCUUCCGUAGGGCAAGUCUGCUUGCCUUCUUAUCCCGCCACUUCUGGAGGGAGGUUCGACAUCUCCAAAACUAAGCGGGAUUGGCUGCUGUCCAGCGGCAGCACUCCUUCGACUCCCGUCGCAAGGCGGCGAGUUCCUGCGGAAGAUAUUGAGACCAAGGUUCUGGCAGAUAUGCUCCAGAAGUACCUGAACUUCCACUCAGAUGCUGGAGCAGGAACUGGAGAAGCAGCACCUGGAGGAGUAACUGGAGCUUCCUCUAAAUUAGGAGAAAUUGGGAAGCACGGAGAAGGAAAAGGAAGCGCUUUUGACUAUGAAAGCCUCAUCCAGAAGCUCCAGCAGCAUUUGGACCUAAUAAUGGCUCAAGGGAAGGAACCUCCAGCAGAAUCAACAAAAAGCAGCUCUGGAGAAGGCCCUAUGCUGCCCUAUCGCGGAGAUUACGUCCACAAAUCCUUGAUAGACACUUUGAGCAGGCAUUAUGCCAAAUCUUCUAAUAGGGAGCACGUUAUUUCUGGAAUUCUCACCGAUAGGAAGCUCCUGGAGAAGCUCUACUUCGACCUGAGGUGCACCAGGGGCUUCAGGGGGCUCAGGACUACUGGAGCCUACACUUCGCCGCCCCAUUGGUGGAACCCCAGGAGCAGGUUCAACAAAGACGGAACCGAUUCUGGAAAUGAUUGGCUGCCCAGAAGGGAAGUAGGUUCUCCGCCCCCGCUAAUCGCGCUUCAGGUUCCGAGCACUGAACGGGGCAUUGUUUCGGUUGAUGUGGUGGUCCAGACUGAACCUGUGGCCAAGCACGUCCUGGAGGCCUUGUCUGAUAAGGAAAAAGAAGAGUCCAGUCAGAGAGACAGUGGGAAGAGCUCUAGAAGACGGAGCAGUGUUGAUAUUGAUGAUGUCUCUCCCUCAGUGAGCGAUACGAUCAAAAGGUACCUCAGGAUGGCCAGGAAGAAGUCAAUUGACGCUGACAAAGCCGACAGGUUCAAGAGGGUUAAUUAUGACAGGAACCUCAGGAAUAUUAAGGCUAAGGGGGAAAUUACCAAGCCUGGAGACGAUUCAGGGAAUAAUAAAGGCUGUCAGACGGAAGAGAACUGGGUUGGGGCUUACAAGGGCGCGUUGUCGGAAACUGCGGACAAUUUUUCGGAUGCGGAUACUACUUCUCCGGUGAGCAGGAACGCCAGUUCCAGGAGUAGUAUUGACGCCGGACUCGGCUCCGAGGAGACUCCUAAUACUCCCAAACACCACCAAUCCUUCCUAUCGCAAUUGUUACACGGGUCCCAUCCCCAUAAAGAGAAACCUCAUUCCGCUCCAGGGUCUCCCGCUCUCACUGCUAACAAUUCUACAGGUGGAGCGGCCAUGCAGAAGAGCAAGUCUUCCAGCAGUGUUGUUCAUCAUGGAAGCAGGCUUGUGGCUAAGAAAAUAUGGAGGUCCAGGAGCAAGUCCACUUCUAGGGCCGUACCUUCUGUAUGGACUCCUCAGGGUAAGUGCACGUGGGCUGGAACAAGUGGACGUCGAGUAACUCUCCAAGAUGUUCCUUUGAGGGUGCUCUCGGAAGUUGAAAGAAAGGUCCUUUGCAGAGUUGCCGUUGCUAAACUUCAAGCACUCAAUCUUGGAGUUCACAUCAGGCCGCCGAGUGAAUCCCUGGGAAGUGCAUCUGUUACAAGUAAACCGAAGCGAAGGGCUUAUUUGCUAAAGAGGAAAGCACUAACCACUGGAUUCUUCGAAAACAAGACCAAGGAAGAUAAAGACAAAGAUUCAGCUGGUGGUCUUGUAUUUGGAAUUCCAAUAUCGCAAUGCCUCGAGAACGACCGACUGGCUAGGAUCGGCGCUGGGGAGGUUGCUGACGUCGGGUGCUUAUCUAGAAACAGCAGACACGGUAGUAGAACUAGCUUUACCAGCCUCAUUGACACACACACUGCUGCCUCGAAAACAGAUGAGGGCGGCUCCUGCGAGUCUCUGUCGUCGAAGGGAGGAGCACUGGCUGGUAGCGAUUCCGGUGGCCCAGAAUUGAGCGAUAGCGGAGGCGGACCACCUGGCGAAUGGGAUGCAGUGCCCGCGAUCGUUAGACAAUGCAUCAAACAUCUCGAGCUGACGGGGUUGAGAACGUUAGGAAUUUUUCGGGUUUCGCCAUCCAAGAAGCGGGUCAGACAACUUAGAGAAAAUUUUGAUUGCGGAAGAGAUGCUAAAAUAGAUGCUGAUCAAUGUCCUCACGAUGUAGCAACCCUUCUUAAAGAGUAUUUCCGCGAUUUACCGGACCCACUGCUUUGCCGAGACCUUUAUCAAGCCUUCGUUCACACUCAGAAAAUACGAAACAGACGGCUUCAACAAGAGGCGCUCCAGCACCUUAUUCAGCUACUACCAACACCGAAUAGAGAAACUCUUUGGGCCUUGCUGAGCUUCUUAACUGAAGUCGCUGCCAACAGCGAGGACGUCAGAGACGAAACCGGAGAAUGGAUUCCCGGGAAUAAAAUGGAUCUCACUAAUCUAGCUACAGUAUUUGCACCGAACAUCCUUCACUGCGUGAAACCCGGACAAACAAGAUCAGAAGUGUCGGUAGAGCGAGCAGAAGAGCGUAUCGACGUGAUUAAUGUCGUCCGUGCAUUGCUGGAGAACUCAGCAACUCUGUUUACAAUCCCAGCUGCUCUUCUAGAUGAGCUUUAUCUCCACAUGAUGGAUACUCACCCUGCAGAUCUUGACCUUGCGCUCUCACGACGUGCCGAAGAGCAAUGCAACGACGAAGUGGACCCCUGCAGCGAAGCGGAGACUUUUUCAGUAGACGAAGCUCUUGGAGGAAUAAUUUCCACCGCUCAAACGGCCAAGAAAGUCUGGUCCCGGGAGCAGUGUCUCCACCAGACGGCUGGAAUCGGAGGAGACAUCGGACCGAAGCCGCGAAGGCCCAAACGGCCCAGCAACAGAAGGAAAGAAGAAGGCAGGAGCAAUAGUGUGGACAGUGGAUCCAGUGAGGACCCCGCGGACCCUAGACGCAAGUCCUCUCCGAUGAUCAUCACUGCAAGCCUCACUAUUCCCAUGACCGGAGCCUUCACUCUGAAUCUCGACGAUCCCGACAUCCCUUUCAUCGAGGAACAGCCUAAACCUUCGGUGCCUCCUAGGCGACAGCGGCAGCGCUCAAUAUCCGGGUGCAGCGAAGGUGGCAGACAUGGAAGCGACAGUGCUGUGGGUUCAUCAGCGACUUUGUCUGGAGAUCAGCCGCCAAGCUCGCCCCCGUCUUGGGCCUCUUCUCCUCCAGCUAGUCCUGACAGCACGGUUACUGCUGUUUCUUACAUCCCGGAUCAGCAGGCUGUUUUGCAGAGGGUUUCCUUCACUACUUCCAGCGAAGUCAGGCAGAUUUCUAGAUCCGUCAGCCAGGAAGCCUCUAAAGCUGUUAUUUCACCCGCUUACACGCCUAGUAUCACCAGUAUCGGUGGCGCUGUCUUAAGGUCCAAAACUGCUGAUAUAGAAAGAAUGCUCCACAUUUCGCAAGACAAGUCUUCAAAAACAAGCACCAUCUCGACGAACGUAACAACUACUACCUCUUCAACGGGCAGCGACAGCAAGAAGUACACCAAAAGAAGGUACACCGACUCCAGGCACCAGACCAGGCACAUCCCCGACGCGGAAAGUCUUGCAGGUAAAUCCAAUUCCGUGAUAACUUCAGUUUCCUCGAUCUCGAGCUCUUCUGUCGGGUCUAUCAGCAACUCUUCCUCCGGACAGCAGCGGAACUCAGUGGCUGCUCCAGUUUGGAAACGCCGCGAGAUAAUAUCCUCAGUGCCCUCCAAACAACGGCAAAACUUCUUUUAA